AUGUCCGGCGCCGAGGAGGCCGGCGGGGGCGGCCCGGCCGCAGGGCCCGCGGGCUCCGUGCCUGCCGGGGUCGGGGCCGGGCCCGGGGCGGCCGCGGGACCGGCGGCGGCGGCGCUGGGCGAGGCGGCGGGGCCCGGGCUCCCGGACGAGGCGGGCCUGGCCGGCGCCCGGCAGCUGCAGGAGGCAGCCGGCGACCCCGACGCGCCGCCCAAGAAGCGGCUGCGGGCGGCCGAGGCGGCCGAGGCGGCGGCGGCGGCGGCGGCGGCGGGCAGCGGGAAGCUGGAGGAACGGCUCUACUCGGUGCUGUGCUGCACCGUGUGCCUGGACCUGCCCAAGGCCUCCGUGUACCAGUGUACUAAUGGUCACUUGAUGUGCGCUGGCUGUUUUAUCCACCUACUAGCAGAUGCCCGGCUGAAGGAGGAGCAGGCCACAUGCCCCAACUGUCGUUGUGAGAUCAGUAAGAGCCUCUGCUGCCGGAACCUGGCUGUGGAGAAAGCCGUGAGCGAGCUGCCCUCAGAAUGUGGCUUUUGCCUGCGCCAGUUUCCUCGUUCCAUCCUGGAGAGGCACCAGAAAGAGGAAUGCCAGGACAGGGUGACCCAGUGCAAAUAUAAGCGCAUCGGCUGCCCAUGGCAUGGCCCUUUCCAUGAGCUGACAGUGCAUGAAGCUGCAUGUGCCCACCCCACCAAGACGGGCAAUGAGUUGAUGGAGAUCCUAGAUGAGAUGGACCAGAGCCACCGCAAGGAAAUGCAACUCUACAAUAGCAUCUUCAGCCUGCUCAGCUUUGAGAAGAUUGGCUACACAGAAGUCCAGUUCCGACCAUACCGCACGGAUGACUUCAUCACACGCCUGUACUAUGAAACACCGCGGUUCACAGUGCUGAACCAGACAUGGGUCCUGAAGGCUCGUGUGAAUGACUCAGAGCGCAACCCCAACCUGUCUUGCAAGCGCACACUUUCCUUCCAGCUCCUCCUCAAGAGCAAGGUCACAGCACCCCUGGAGUGCUCCUUCCUGCUGCUCAAGGGCCCGUAUGAUGAUGUGCGGAUCAGUCCUGUCAUCUACCACUUUGUCUUCACCAACGAGAGCAAUGAGACGGACUAUGUGCCUCUGCCCAUCAUCGACUCUGUGGAGUGCAACAAGCUGCUGGCUGCCAAGAACAUCAACCUGCGGCUCUUCCUCUUCCAGAUACAGAAGUAGGAUGGGCUCAGGAUGCCCAAGGAGCUGAGGGCCAAGGCCGGCGCCGCCAUCCCAUCCACCCCUGGCUUGGCAGCGGCUUCACAUGACCAUCUGAUCAUUUUAGCAAAAGAGGAGAACAGACAAAACCAAACACUGGGAAAGUCUGCAUGCGUGUGCCACAGGGUCCCUGCCUCCAGCUCCCCCUCUUCCUGGCCUCCCCCUCCUGAGGGUGGCUGGAGGCUGGGCUGACCGCAGAGGAGACAGUGCUUUGGGCUGCCCAGGCUCAGGGAUGGGUGUGAGGAGGGCAAGAACCAGCGGCCCUGCCCCUGCACCCAUCCUCACAGUGAGGCAGCACUGCCUGCUCUGGUCCCGGGCCGGGCUCAGGGGCCCUCGCUGACUUCAGACGGCAUAUUUGAUUGCAAUUAAAAGGCAGCCUUGUUUCCUA